AUGUCCAGGCACGCACGCACCAUAUACGAUCAGCGAUACGAUAGUGCAACUGUUCUCCCGCUUCCCCCAGAAGAGGGUGCGCUCUAUCCAUCGGCCGUUCAUGAUUCCCAUGUCUAUGGAGAACCUAUCAGUCCUACUACCGGAUAUCCGGCAUCGGAAUCAUCCUACGUCACUGAAGUCGAUGAGUACGCGCCUUCAUACCUCCACUGCAUCCCGACGUCCACCCGCGAACAUGCCCACCAGCACUACCACGCCGAUAUAGUAGCCCCACCGAUUCGCCCGUCUUUCCCCCCUCCAGCAAACUCAUCUUCGACUCCUUCUCCAAGCUCUGUUCCGCCAAUCAUAUCCAUAUCCACCGUCAUUGAUGGGAAUACUUUGGGUUGCAGUCAAUGCGGCGUUGAGUUUACAGGACGGUACAGGCGUGGAAACCUUGCACGCCAUGCAAGACACAAACACUCCAAA